GUAAAAGUGUAAUUGUUUGUAAUUAUUGUUAAAAAAAACAAGUAAAAAUAUGAGUUCGUGGAGUAUUUGGAAGACACGCAUAACAGCUUCUGUUCGAACAACAAAUCGUAUGAAUGCAAUUCUCAAUGAAACGGUCGCAAACAGGAGGAAGUCACUUUUCAAAGCCAAAGAUGAAUCCACAGACAAUGAUGGUGCAGAAGAUGUCCAUCCUCGAAUGGACAUAAAAUUUUUACAAAAUAAUUUCUCCAUGGAGAAAGUGUAUAAACUUAUUGAAUCAAUAAUCGAAGAACGUUUACUUUGGGAUCGGUUAAGUCGUACGUAUGAUUCUUGGCGAGCUGUAAGUUUGGCUGAAAAUUUAGCAUCAGAAAUAAGAGAUCGAAUAAAGGAACUACGUUAUAAGAGGCAUCGUAUUGUGUGCAUUUUGUCAUUGAUAGAAAAACAAAACCAAGGAAUAAGCAUAAAGAUGAACUUUUUGAUGGACUCUAAUUGUGAUAAUUUUACAAAAUUUAUUUAUGAACGAGCAACGUAUACAAUUGUUGUAACUGUAUUUUUAGUGCAUAAGGAUUAA